CUUUCCUUUUGAAAAAGACCUUGAAACACAUUCUCUUAUUAGAAGAGUUCAAUUUUGUGAUAAUUGUAUUUUAUGCCACAAAUUUUAUUGAGCCGCAAUAACACGUCCUCUUAGAGAAGUGUUCAAUUGUGUGAUAAUUGUAUUGAGCUGCCAGAACACAUUCUCUUAGAAGAAGGGUUCAAUUGUGUGCCACUAAUUUUAUUGAGCCGCCAGAACCCAUUCUCUUAGAGAAAAAGAGUCCAUAUUAGGCCACUAAUUUUAUUGAGUUGUCAGAAGACACCAUUCUCUUAGAAGAAGAGUUCAAUUGUGUGAUAAUUGUAUCAGACCACUAAUUUUAUUGAGCUGCCCUUGUUGAUCUCAGUAAUUAAUGUCGGUUUCUUGUGGAGUUGAAUGUGUGCUGGUCUUUGGUUGUCUCCGUUGGGCAUGGAAACGGUGCACAUACAUCGGCAAUGACGACAGUGCCACGUGGCCUUCAGCAACCUACGAGGAAUUCGAACCAGUGCCACGUCUCUGCCGUAUAAUUCUUGCAGUGUACGAACCAAAUCUCCGUAACCCAAAGUACCCGCCAGCUGGCGGGUACAGGUUAAACCCGGAUUGGGUAGUUAAACGGGUAACAUAUGAACAAACAUCGGGUCAAGCGCCCCCGUAUUUGAUCUACUGUGAUCACGAGCACCAAGAGAUUGUGCUCGCGAUUCGGGGGUUGAAUUUAUUGAAUGAGAGUGAUUAUAAAGUUUUGUUGGAUAAUAGGUUGGGACAACAAAUGUUUGAUGGAGGGUAUGUGCAUCAUGGGCUGUUGAAAUCUGCUGUUUGGGUUUUAAAUAAUGAGUCUGACACUUUGAAGAAGCUUUGGAUUGACAAUGGAAAGAGCUACAAGAUGAUAUUUGCAGGGCAUUCUUUGGGUUCUGGUGUGGCAUCGUUGCUGACAAUAAUUGUGGUGAAUCAUAAAGAUAGGUUAGGAGGAAUUCCAAGGAGUCUUGUUAGGUGUUAUGCAGUCGCACCAGCAAGAUGUAUGUCACUCAACUUGGCUGUUAAGUAUGCUGAUGUAAUACACUCAGUCAUAUUGCAGGACGAUUUCCUGCCAAGAACAGCCACGCCACUGGAAGAUAUAUUUAAAUCCAUCUUCUGUUUACCCUGCUUGAUAUUUUUGAUAUGCUUGAGAGAUACCUUCAUUCCUGAGGGCAGAAAACUACGAGAUCCAAGAAGACUUUAUGCACCUGGCCGAAUGUAUCACAUUGUAGAAAGAAAAUUUUGCAGAUGUGGGAGGUAUCCUCCAGAUGUUAGAACUGCUAUCCCUGUUGACGGAAGAUUUGAACAUAUUGUCUUAUCAUGCAAUGCUACAUCUGAUCAUGGAAUCAUUUGGAUAGAAAAAGAAUCUGAAAAGGCAUUUGCAAGACUUAAGGAGGUUAGUGCUGAGACUGCUACUACUCCCCCAAAAGUGCAGAAAAUUGAAAGGCUGAAGACAUUAGAAAAAGAACACAAGGAUGCACUCGAAAGAGCUGUCAGUUUAAAUAUACCACACGCUGUGGGCGUAGAUGAAGAGGAAUCCUCAACACAGAAAGAGGAAGAAUGCAUGGAGGAUAUAAGUAUAAGUGGGGAGGCAUCUGAGAAACAGAGCGAAGAUGCAUCUACAAGCAAAGCCCAAGGCAGUGAUUCAAGAACUAACUGGAAUGAAGUAGUUGAGAAGCUUCUCAGUAGAGACGAAAAUGGGAAAUUACGAUUAAAGAGAGAAGCAGCAACUGGUCCCCAGUAGCAACUCUGUUCCAAGGUUCUUUUCCUCUCUUUUGUCUAUGAUUGUUGUAUGUUUGAGAAAAGCAUUAGUCAGAUUCCAACAGCUCAUAAUUCUUUUAUAUAGAUAUAGCCCUGUAAUGUACAACCACUACCUCCAGUCAGAGGCGGAUCCAGGAUUUGAAGUUUCCGGGUGCCAUGCGUCAUUCAAUCAAUUUGGGCUUCGGGUCGGAUUAUUCGUCUUUUCGAACUUUGAUUCGGAUUAUUCGUCUUUUCCGAUGAAACAUUUAUUUAUAGCAAUAUACAUAAGAGAAAAGCAUAAAACUUUCAAUAAUAUUACUAAUAUCAUAAAUAUCCAUCAUUCAUUUACAAUUGUCCUCGACGAGGUUUCAUCUUCUGAAAAUGAUCAAUGAUGACAUCAUUACUUACAUUUGUGAAUACAUCACGCUCUAUGUAACAAACUGAAGUAAAGCACCGCAAAUUUAAGCAGCCAACAAAAAACACACAAAGCAAUAUGCCAACUUCUUUACAAAAAUGUACAUACCCACAAGCAAAAUUACACUUUUAUACAUAACUCUACAAAAAGCACAAGCAAGAUUACAACUUUUCUAUAAAACAGUACACACCCACAAGAAAUUACAACUUUUAUACAUAAAUGUACAAAACCCACAAUCAAGAUUACAACUUUUAUACGUAAAUGUACAAAACCCACAAGCAAAAUGACAACUUUUAUACAUAAAUGUACAAAACUCACAAGCAAGAUUGCAAUUUUAACACAAAAAAGCAUUUUUGUAAGAAAAAAAACUCAAAAGAUAUCAAGAAAGAAAGACGAAAAGAUCCUUACAAUGGGUCAAUGGAGGAAGCAGCCGAAUGAGAUUUUGACUUUGGAGCAAUGAAGAGGGUUUGUUUAGUUGAUGAGAAUUGAGAAGAGAGAGAGGGUUUGUGUUUAUUUUUUAAUGAGAAGGAAGAGGGAAAGUUCUAUUUUUAACUUUAAGAAAUAAACAAGUCAAAGAUUAAUAAAUUAAAUUAAGUCAACAAAGAUUGCUACUGCUCAUUGUUAUCUGUUGAGCAGCACUGCAGCAAGGGUUCAAAAAAAUAAAAACAUUUAUGCAGUCGCUGGGGCUCGAUCCCGCGACCAGAGAGCAGAAAUCAAAGCCUCUAUCCACUGGCACCAGCAGGUUACUUUGUAAUGGGGGUGCCACUUUAAAUAUUUGUACAUAGCUUCUGUAUAUAUACAUAUAUAUACACAGGGUUUCGGGUGAGGCUUGCGGGUGGCGUGGCACCCUCCCGACCCUUAAUAGAUCCGCCCCUGCCUCCAGUAAUGUACAAUCUGCAGCCCCAUCAAAACUGCAGUUUCAAAUUCUUUUGUGCUAUAGUUCCUCGUAGAAUUAUGUUCAUGAAUUCGUGAUGUUCAUUUGACAUUCUGAUACUAUCUUCACAGUUCCCUUUACAUUGUAA